AUGACAAAAUCUGAAGAGGAAAAUAUAAAGAAUAUACACUCAUUUGAUAAAGAAAUUUGCCACUAUAUCCUAGAUGGACCAUAUUUGUGGGUCUUGUUAACAUCUGGCGAGCUUUUUGUUCUACAUACAAUGAAAGGUUCCAUUCUUAAAGUUAAAUGUAACAGCUAUACUGAUUAUAGAAUUCGCCGUUUCAUAAUUUAUGAUUCCAAAUUGAUUUUUAUUAGUGAAAGUGGAGAAAAGCUUUCUGUUUCCCUCACUAAUGACAUGUUAGAAGAAUAUUUUAACCGGGGUGCUGACGACGUAGUGAUCUCCUUCGAGAAAUCUCCAGUAAUUGUUAAUAAAAGCGUUAAUAUUACUUAUCAUGAACAUGAAACCACCAUGUAUGUAGAUGCAGGCAAACUCAUGAUAAAAUGUAAUAUAACUGGUCUGUUUGAUACACUAUUUGUCAAUACAGACCUACGCUGUGUCAGCCAGUGGAAUGAUUUAAAUGUAAUAUGUGACAAUAUACAUAUGUGGGCUCUUAGUCAAAGUUUUGAUUUGAUUCAUACAUUUAAAAACUCCGAAGGUUACUUCUACCCUUUAACAGCGUAUAAUGAUAAAUUUUAUUAUUUAACAUGGAAUGAAAAUGAGAUUGAAAUAUACUGUGCUUCAUUUGCCGUACACAAAGGCCACGAUAAAAAUGAAAGCUCAGUCAAUUCCAAGAGUCCAUCGUCUCAAGAAACACUGAAGUUACAAUUAAAUUCCUUAAUUGAUGACACAAUUUUAGAGAAAACUGUGCCGAACAAGGUACUGCCUCAACUUAAGUUGUUCUUUAAUGAUAUUGAAGAUUAUACCUUCCUUAUAUCUACUGCAUCAAAACUUUGUAUUCACAGCCUGUUAUAUAAACCAAUAUUGUUUCUUCUUCAAAAACGCAUUAAUGCUACAGAUGAUGAGACACUAAAAACAAAUGUUUGUGAUAUUAUAAUUAAAAUGGACUUGUUAGAAUAUAUUCAAUUCAGAGAAGUAAAUUAUUAUGAUGGUGUAAAUAUAUUCAAAUUGGAUUAUGUUCAACUUUGCAUAACAUUCAUUUCUAAGUCAGAUUUAGACUUAGCGUCUAUAUGCUGGUUAAAAUACUCACAAAUCAAAUCUACACCAAGUACAGAUGAUAUUAAAAGUAUUUUAAAUGCUAUACCAUUAAAUAUUAAGAUGGGUUCACUUAUAAUUUGGUUUCGUAACUUUGUGCCUCCACUUUUAGAAGAAAAUCCAUUUUAUAUUGAUUUGUUUGUAAAAUGGACUACAAAGAGAGUUUUUUCUUUAGAACAGUCAACGUAUUGGCCAAAAAUCGGCUUAAAAUUUAUUUCGGCUAUAGUAGACAUUUUGGAAACAUCAGUGAAAACUAUUUGUGUUAGACCAAUUUCAAUAGAUGAUCUUGAUGUAAUUAAAGAUCACAUAAACUAUGUAUUAGAACUUAAAGAAAAAUAUAAAAUCAUCAUGCUCCUGAGUGAAUUUACUUCACAAAGCCCUACUGAAAUUGCACUUAUCAUGUUACGUCGUUGUUAUACAGAAGAUCUUGAAGCUUUUUUGCAAGAGAGCUUUUCGACGUAUGCGUCUCGCUAUUCUCUAGAAAUCGAUAGUACUCUGCGAUCCUUUGUAGAAAGCGAAGCUGCUAGUAGUGGAGGGAGUGUUGAUGGCCAGCGUUUUAAGAUUUUACUUGAUGCUUUUCAUUAUCCAACCAAUAGACUUAAAUGCCUUUUAAAUGUACUUAAAAUUUUAGAUGUUCCUUGGGAUCCCAUAGUACUCACUAUAGCAACCACAUCAGCUGCUUUGACUCAUUCAGAUUUUACGAUUACAGACACCGAUCGUAAACUUGCACAAGAGAUAUACAAAGAGUUAAAUUACGCUAAAAUCAAAGUCAUUUUAAAAAAAUACAAUUUUCCAUUAACUUGUACUGAUUACACAUUAGUAAUCCAUAAAUUAAUCAAUAAUACGGUUGUAGAUUUAGAUGACUUAAAUCUGGUCACAAAUAUAUUGAGUCAUUUUGCUAUUUAUGGCAAUAGUUUAUACAUAGAUAAGUGCUUACAAAAUAGUGACACAAAUCUAGCAUUAGAUUAUUUUAACAAACUUUGUAAUCGAAGUCAAAAAGUUCUAAUCAAGACCAUGCAAAACAAAUAUGAGCAAAUAAUUAUGGGUACUACAGUAAAUCCAACAGUUGAAAGGAACUACAUUGACUUCUUAAAAGGGUCCCAAAUGUUGGAUAAUACUUUAAUGAACCGCAUUGAAAACCUCUACUAUCUGAAAAAUUCAUACAAUAUUAAACUCAAUAUGAAUAACAUAUUCAGCUUUAAAAGUCGCACAAACAUAUUAAAUAAUUUGAAAGAUAGUGAAGAAGUUAUAUCAAGUUCAGGGAGAGGAAGAUGUAUUUCACAGUUAAUGAACAUAGAUAUUUACCAACAAUCCAAAAUAAUACAUUUGCUGCGUCGUAUUUCUUCAUGUACAAGCGCAAAAGUUCUAGUUGAAUCAUUAAUUUUACUGGAAAACCAAAAAAAUGGAAAUAAAACGUAUAUAUCUCAAUAUAAAGAUGGACACAACUCUACUCUCUUGUUAGAAUCUUAUAAUAUACUAUCGGAAGUUAUAUCUUAUUGUGAUGAAGAAUAUCUUCACCAUUUGUUGAAAUAUCUAUCUAUGUUAAGUGCUUUACUAAAUUCAAGUACAAUUUUGAAAAACCUUUCACUGGCUUGGAAGUUUCAAUACAUAUUCUUACCUAUGUCAUCAAUCAAUGGUCUAAAUGAUUUAAUCGAUUAUUACACCUCUAAUUCUUCAAUAUUGUUUUUAAAAUCCGAUGUGUGUGAUAUAUUAACAAAAAGUGAUUUUACACUAUUUAGAAUAUUUACAGAUAUAGCUCACAAAAUAAUAAAUAACUCUGAAGUACAAUUAUGUGACAAAUUCUUUAAAGUAAGAGAUAAAGUCAUUAAAAGGUUGAUUACCAAAGUUACAGCCUAUCAAGAGAUAGAUCAAAUUUUAGUUACAUGUUUAUUACUUACUUUAAGAAGUCCUGAAAUAACUGAAGAUAAAAUUUGGAUCUUAGAGUUAUUAAGAGGGCAGUCAGAAUCAUUACCACCUGCUGUAAUGCAUUACCUUUCUGCACCUUGUAUUCGCCGUACGUUUGGGCUUGAAGGCAUAUUACUUGGAGGUACUUUGUCAUAUCCACCACAGUACAUUCUUAAAUCUAAGUUUAAUAUAAAUUUAUCAGAAAUUGUUCUUCCGGAAAACACUGAAGAGACAUGGGAUUCUAAAGUACUAUUAUUUUACAUUUUAAGACAUUAUCCGCAUACGACAUACGAUAGACUUGUUGACUUAUGUCAUACCUUAAAUAUUCCCCGAAAUGAAGGAUUUUCUCUAUUGCUUAUAUCUUUAUUGGCAAAUUGGGAUUUAAGGUAUAAAAUAUUAGAAAGUGACUUAGGCAAACGAGAAAUAAUCACAGAAAAUGAUGAGGAACAAUUAAUAUCACAAUGUUUUAUUGUUUUUCAAAGUAUUGAAGACAGAGAAUUUUUGAUGGAUGUCUUAAAUGAUUUUUGGAAAAAUGGUGAAGUUAUAAUACAUGGAUGUCUCAUUUCUAUUAAUCCUUAUUAUUAUGAAGUAUAUUUAUGUAUAUAUAAGCUAUUGUUGUCUAAGUCUGCGGAUACAAAAUACUUAAAAGAAUAUUAUUUAUUACAUUUCUUAAAAGAAUAUCAAAGAAAAAGUAUUCCCAAGCAAUAUGAAUUCGAACUAUUUUCCGUUAAGGGUAUGUUUCCUGAAAUCGGACACUAUCGUUUACCGUUUAAUCUGUUUUUGCGAGAUGAUAUGUGGGCAAAUUUGAAAUCUGAGAUUACAUUAGAAACUUAUGAAUUUUGGUUACCAGUCGUUGCUUUGCUAUCACUCGAUGGAGAUUUACAAACAGCUAAAGAUAUGAUAUGUAGCAAUGCCGUAAAACAAACAAUGACAUCACGUAAAAAAUAUGAAAGUAACGAAUUCGACUCGAAAGAUACUGAACCUUGGAGAUUAACAUCUCGAGAAGAGCCUUUACUUCGGACAGCCCAUCGCUGCGUAAGAUAUAUUGCUAACAUGGAAUGGGCAGGUGCGUGUUUAUUUUACGUUCUUCAAGGGUGUACGAGAGGAGCUGAUCAAGUUGCUGCAGCUCAACUUUGUUACCAGUUUUCACAACGUUGGGCUACCAUUCAGCCCGGAAAUCGCGCUGUGAGGCAAAUGGAAAGGCUUCAUUCUACACUUUCUACGAGACAUGUAUUGCAUAAAAUUCAGUGGGCUUGUGAAGAACUUUUACGUCUUUCAACAGAACCAGUUCAACUCAUCCAUGCUUUAUAUCUUCAUCAAGAUUUUAUCGAAAAAAUUACUCGGUUUGAUAUAAAUCGUGCAGCUAAUGAAAUAGCUGAUAAAAAUAACAUAAACAUAAGUUCCAUUAGAAUUCAAAUAUUAGAAAAUAUACUUAAUAAAACACAAAAAGAAAAUGAAAGUUUACCCGGAUUGGGCACUAAAGACUUAAUUACUGCAAAAUAUAUAUUAAAAGCAACCUGUUCAAAAAUGGGGGCAAUAUACUUAUCCCGAAUCGCGUUCGACGAUGAAAGCGACUAUAAUAAAUGCAAAAAAUUAAGAGCUCUGCAAUGUUUAAUGAGUGUCGUUGAACCUGAUACUGCCAUUAAAGUUAGUAAUCGAGAACGCGAUAUUCUUUGGAUGUCAUUAUUAGAACUUCUCUACAUCGUUUACCUAGAGAAAAUUGAUAUGCCUUGGAUUGUAGCGACGUUUAUACAAAAUAAAACACUCGCUUUAAAUCAAUUGUUACAAGUUAUAGGUAACAACACAGAUAGCUUAAAAAUUAUAGCGGAAUUAGCACAGAAAUUUGGAAAUUCCCAAACUAUUCAUCAGGUUAUACCUAAGCUAUUACGAGCUUCGUUGUUCGAUGACAUGAUCCCUUUGCUAUUAAAAAUCCCACAUACAGCAGAUAAUAUUAUAUAUACAGCGUGGCGAGCUAUUAUCUUAUCUCCAUUUCAACGUGCUGAUUAUCCUAUAACUGAUCGUAAUAAAUCGCAGUGUCUUAAAGUUUUGAAUUUAUUACCAGUAUGUCCAGUAAUUAAUGAUGAAGACUUAAUAGAAAUAUGGAAACAUUGUGUGAGAUGCAAAUGUUUAGGUUUAGGUUGUUUAAUAUUGCCGUAUAUGACUCCGAAAACAAGACAUUCCAUGACUGAACUGCAAAAAAUUGAUAAACGGAAUCUAAUCGUCAGUUUAAAAAAUAUGUAUUCUGAGAGUUACUUAGUACCUGGAGCUAUGUAUGUUUUGGAUAAUUUAACAAAAAUGUCAUACCGGUGAUGUAAUUUAAACUAUUAGAGUACAAAGAAAUACGUAUUUAUAAAUUUCAAAUUGUCUAUUUAUAAUAUUAUUGUAUUAAAAUAUGAAAAAUAAAACAAUUUAUGUCUACAUUAUUUGAACCUCAUGUCAGUACCUACACAGUAUAAUGGCCGUAGAAGUAAAAAAGUAUUAAUAUACUAAAUGCUACAAAAA